AUGUCACGACUAAUAGUAUUAAAUAUUUUGUACUUAUCCCUUUUAAAAAGUGCCACUGGCUUAGGUGAAAUAGUUUACGCUAUAAAUGCGGGUGGACCGGCGCAUACAGAUAUUCAUGGCAUUACUUAUGAAAAAGAUCCUUUGCAAGGAAGAGUUGGCACUGCUUCUGAUUAUGGGAAACAGCUAGUGAUGAUUCGCCGAGUUAAUCCUAAAGAUGAAAUACUCUAUCAAACUGAGAGAUAUCACCACAGUACUUUUGGCUAUGACAUACCUGCAAAUUCGGAUGGUGAAUACGUUUUAGUGUUAAAGUUUAGUGAAGUAUACUUUAAUGCUCCCAAUAUGAAAGUAUUUGAUGUUGUGUUAAAUGGAGAUCACACAAUUGUUGCUGACUUGGAUAUCUUUGACAAAGUGGGUCGUGGUAUAGCACAUGAUGAGUAUAUACAAUACUCAAUUAAAAAUGGAAAGUUAUAUUAUAAUGAAGAAGAAUCUGAUAUAAGGGGAGGCAAAAUAAAAGUUGAAUUUAUCAAAGGGUACCGAGAUAAUCCGAAAAUAAAUGCACUCUAUGUUAUGAGAGGUAAGAUAGAGGAAGUUCCAAAACUUCCACCAUUAGAAUGGCCUGAAAUUGAAACAGAGGAGAUUAAAGAGGAGAUUGAAGAAAAAGAUACUGAGUCCCGUAGGACUAGUGGUCCAAAGCAACCAGAUCCAUACACAAUGGAUAAAAGUUCUGUUUUAAUACCUGUGUUUAUAACUAUUGGUGCUUUUAUCCCCCUAUUAUUUUGCAUAUGUAAAUUAUAA